AUGAUAUUUCGUAUAUCUCAUGUUUAUGGUGGAGGAAGAGACUGUGCUCGUGGUCGCAGCGGCGGAGGAAGAAAUCACACUCGCGUUUACGGUGACAAAGGAGGAAAUCAGGCUUGCAGUUAUAGCUCCGACACGGCAGUGAUGCUUUUGGAAAUGAUGGCGACGGUGGUUACAGUUGGAAUCAAUAGGAUGAAGAAGGAGAUUAUGCUAGUGAUUACGGUGGAAGAGGAAGAAAUCCGGGUCGAGACCGUAGUUCCGAUAUGGAGGUUGUGGUUUCGGACAUCGUGA